CACGCCCAAACUGCGCAGCCCCACCACAACGACUCUCUCCUUCCCGACGACCGACAACAUGGCCGACGCUCUGAAGGACUCGCCCAUUAAGGCGGUGCAGGUUGAAGCCCUGGUUGUGAUGAAGCUCGUCAAUCAUGCCGCCAAAACCUUCCCUACCGUCGCGACCGGCUCGCUCGUGGGCAUGGAGUCGCUCGACCAGCCCGGACUCCUUGAAGUCACCUCAUGCUUCCCUUUCCCCAACGUCGAUGUCCCCGCCAGCGACGACCACCGCGACAACCACAACCACAAGGACCUCGCUGCGGCAGCACCCCGCGCCAAGGCGAACCUCGCCUACCAGAACGAGAUGAUCAAGUUCCUGCGGGAGGUCAACGUCGAUGCCAACAACAUCGGCUGGUACACGAGCACCAGCAUGGGCAACUUCAUCAACCUCAACACCAUCGAGAACCAGUUCUUCUACCAGAAAGACCCCAACGAGAAGGCCAUCGCCCUGGUGCACGAUGUGAGCAGGAGUUCGCAGGGUAGCUUGAGCUUGCGCGCCUACAGGCUCUCGCCCGCUUUCGUUGCGGCGUACAAGGAGGGCAAAUUCACCACCGACAACCUGCAAAAGAGCGGCCUCCGCUACCACGACAUCCUCGUCGAGAUCCCCGUCACCAUCCACAACUCCCACCUCCUCACCUCGCUCCUCCACCAGCUCCCCUCGGAUGCUCCCAAAGAGGAGCUCUCGUUCCCGCCCAACCUUGCCGCCCUUCUGCAAGAUCCCAACACUCCCGAACCGCCCUUCUUCCCCAACUACGACUCUCUCGACCUCGCCAUCGACCCCUUCCUCGAGAAGACGUGCGAUCUCCUGCUCGAGAGCAUCGAGAACCACCACACGGAGCUCAACAACCACCAGUACUACCAGCGCUCGCUUGCACGUGAGCAAGCAAAGAUCACAGCGUGGCAGCAGAAGCGCAAGGCCGAGAACGCGGCAAGGACGGCAUCCAAGCAGCCGCUGCUCCCAGAGGACGAGUGGCAGAGGCUGUUCAAGCUGCCGCAGGAGCCCAGCAGGCUGGAGACGCUUCUCAACUCGCGGCAGGUCGAGCAGUACGCGCGCCAGGUCGACGGCUUCACGGCGGGCGUCACCACCAAGAUGUUUGCGGUCAAGAACAACCUGCUGCCGGGGGAGUCAUAGAGGGCGGUUUAGCGUAACUUGAUGAGAUGAGAUGAUAAUGCUUUCUUCGUCAUGGCAUGGGACCGGCGUUGGGGGUGGUCUGGGUUUCUGCCAAAAGCUGCUGAACGGAACGAGUGGGACAGCCCAUAUAGACGGCGCGAGCCCGGGGGUCUUGAAUGAAUCAUUUACGGCACUUGUCUGAAGCUGCGAAUGCGGGAUUUGUGAGCUUGGCACACUUAUCAGUGUGAGCCUUCUGCCGGCCGAUUCAGUUCAUAUGUCACGAAGUUGCGGGUCAGGACAUGUAGACGCUAGAGAUGCGAGAAGUAGGAAGAAUGUUAACAAUGAAUAGC